AUGGUUUCAUCUAGUGACGAAACAACACCUCAAUGCUCACCAUCUGAUUAUUCUGAUGAAGCACAUAAAAACAACGUGAUGAAUGACAACGUGAUCACGAUCGACAGCGAUAAUUUUAAGGCGUUGAAAGAGUCAAAGGCAGAUGAAACAAAGAAAGUUUGUGGUGAUAAAGUGAUAGAAGCGGUUAAGAAUGGAUUGCAUAAUGAACGAUAUUCAGCAGAACAUGCUGAUAUGCAAAUGGCACAUGAAUGUGCAAAUGGUAUCGAGAUGACUGCAGCCUCAUCUUGCUCAACCUCUUCGUCAAGCCACACGAACGGAUAUGAUACUGCUACUGAUGUUCGUACAUCUGUUGCUAAUGCAGAAUGUAGUAACGAAAGGCGACACGAUACUGAAGACGCUAAAUCAGAUGGUGUUGUUGAAACGAAGAGUGAUACGGCUCUCUCUGAAGCGAAUAGCAAUUGUCGGAUGGAAGCGAAUGCAAGCAACGCGGAUGAUCAUCAUAUCGAUUGCAUAGAAUUGGAUGAUGAUAGUAACAGUUGUAUUGAAGCGCCUCCUGCGAAGAAGAUGAAAUGCGACCAACAAAAUGGAAGUAAUCAAGAUGAACAAGAAUCACCAAUUCCAGAUGAUCCACAGACUGAAUCGUCGCAUAAACGACCCGAAUUGACGAGCAGUGAAGCCUUAUUGAAUAAAUUAGAAGCUUACGUGAAAGAAGCGAUUGAAAGUGCAAUCAAUAUUCAAGUACAACGAGAACCACUGUCGGUUCGAAAACUAAUUCUUGAAAAGCAAUUAGUACUGCCUAACACAAUCAGUUUUCCGCCAUCACAGGCUGUCGACCUCCUGAUUGAGCAUGAUCCAGAUGCGCCUUUAUCGAAGGUGAUCACAAGGCUGUUUGGUGAGGAGAGGCCUAAGUUAACAGAAGCUGAAAAACGCGAUCGGCAUCUUCUUAAGAUGAGUCAUCCGGCACCUCAUAUGACCAAACUUCUUAUGGAUAUAGGACAGGAUCUUGUUCAAGAGUCGACUUAUUCAGAUAUUGUUCAUGCCAAAAAUUUACCUGAAACACCAAAGAAUAUGGAAACUUAUAAACAGGUGGCUCAGCAGUUGAAACCUGUAUGGGAAGCGUUACGGAAGAAGAAUGAACCGUAUAAAUUAAAACAAUACACCUGUCAGUUAUGCUGUUUUAAAACUGAAUCGCGUAUUGUUUUGGCUCUUCAUAGGCAAACACCUCAUUUUGAUGGACGCAAACAUCAGUGUGCGCUCUGUCCGGAAUAUUUCACGAAUGAAAAUAUGAUAGUACAGCAUUAUGCAAAACAACACGAGCUGGUGGCCGGCAAAGAAGAAGCAAUACCAAAAAAUCCGUGCCCUUGUUGCGAUGAGGAUUUCAUGUAUAAAGGUCAACGUGAUCAACAUCUCAAGACAUGUCGAAGGGAUCUGAAUCGUGUGCGUUUGAUAAUGGCUCCAAAAGCACCACAUGAUGUAAGUGCUAUCAAUCAGUGGCUAUGGGAAAAGCCACCCGUUGACCCAGCCAUUCUUCAGCAGCAACAAGUUGCUCAGAGACAACAAGCUGAGAAACAGCAACGGGCGCAAUUGGCACAGCAACAACAACAGCAGCAACAGCGUCGCAGUCAAACGGUUAAUAAUAAUCCAGCUCUAUUGGCUGCUCAACAACAACAAGCUGUUUAUCUUCUGCAGCAGCAAAGGUUGAGAGCAGCACAAGCGCAGGCAGCAGCUAUCACACAACAACAAGUCAAAAUGAGCAAUAUUAUGAACAACCCAAGUUUACUAGCUGCUGUUCAGCAGCAAUUGCAACGUGCUGCUGCGGCUGGUAUACGUACGCCAGGAAUCACUCCACUUUUCGGUGUGCGUUUACCAACGAACAGUGUUCGUAGUUCACUGUUACCGUCCGGUUCAACAUUGGGCAAUCGUCUGAAAACACCCUCACAAGUGCCAUCACAACGUAACAUUGCAACAAACAGUGCGGUAGCAUCAUCAAGUCACAACAGUGGUAAUAUGUGCGAGAUUUGCGAUCAGAACGUUCAGGAUAAGGAUCGUUAUCUAACACAUCUGCAGCUAUUCCAUAAGCAGAUGCGUGGUAAAUCAUCAGUUGAUAUGCAACAGGGUGCACCUUUGGCAUGCAGUCGUUGUCGAGAUAGAUUUUGGACGUAUGAAGGAUUGGAACGACAUCUUGUUAUGGCUCAUGGAUUGGUCACUUCUGAUUUGUUGACGAAAGCGCAGAAGAAAGAGGACGGUGGACGAUGUAAACUUUGUGGAAAGCAAUAUGCGUUCAAUAUGCUGCAACACUUGGUAACAGAUCAUCAGGUGAAGUUGUGUUCUGCAGAAAUUAUGUACAGUUGUGAUGUGUGUGCGUUCAAAUGUAGCAGUUAUAAUAAGCUUGAGGUACAUCUGAACACUGUUCAUCCAAAGAAUCCCAAUCAGUCCACCUCCAUCUCUGGUAAUGUCGCCGUUUCAUCUGCAGCAGGUGCUCGAGAGAAUGAUAGCGAUGAUGAAGUAAUUGUGCUGAGUGAUGAAUCAAACAAUAAUCGUUUGAAUGCAAGCAGUAGUUGUGGUUCAUUUUCAAUCUCGACCAGUCUAAGAAAUAUUCUGCCCGUUCCAAACUUAAUGUCAACAUCAACAGUAACCAAAACGAAUGUGAAUACGAAUCGAAAAGAUUCACGAACACAAUCAGUAAAACGAUAUCGUCAACUGUUAUUACCACUUAAAGCAACCACUAACAAUUCGCAACUGAUUAAACCGAAUGCAUUACAACAUCGAUACAAUUGUACAAAAUGUAGUGUUUCGUUCGAAACAAUUGUGGAUGUGAUAGAACACUGGCAACAAUCCCAUUUAACACCUAUGCGAGUUGUUCUGUGCAAAAUUGACCUCUGUCAAGUACAUUUAACUGAGUUUCAAGAAAGGCAUAAACUUAACGUGAAUCUUCAAAUGCCAGAACGUCUUGACGCGGACAAAGAAGCCGAUAUGAUUACACUGGAUGAUGAUUAG